GCCGUGUUGUUGUUGUUGUUAUUGUUAUGUUUCUGUACGUGCUUUUACGUGCAAAUGACUUAAUAUGUGUGACAUGAAGAAGUAUUCGUAAUUGAAAGGAAUAUGGUGACUUUCGACAAUGAAUAGCUCUUUAAUCUCUUUUAGUCUUGUUGACUGCCUCUAAAAGAUAUAUUCUACCUUAUCAGGGCAACAUGGGUAGUUUAGAAGCAGGAGGUGGUCCGAUGCGAACGGACAACUCCAUAUGCCGUCGGUUUACAAAUAUCAGAGUGUCACGGAUAGUAUUUUUGUUGUGUUUCUUGCUGCUCUUACUUCCUUUAAUUACACAUUACUAUUUAUCAAAAGUUGAAAGUGGGAAUCAGAACAAUGAUCCAAAUAGAGUUCGUUUUAAAUUAGAAUCUUUAGAGGACCUUAGUGCUUUGAAAGCUUCAGACCUGCGUCUCAGAAUACAAGAAAUGGAACGAAUCAAAGGUUCUGUGUCUGCUGAACUACGUGACCUAGAAGCUAAGCGUCAGGGCCUCCAGCAAGAAAUAUCAUCGCUCACUAGUCACAUUGAGGAACUAAAAGUGGAGCUUGCUAGACAGAAAACUGAAUUAGAGCGUGUUAAAAUGUCAGUUGUUCAGGCACAGGUGGCACAAAGAGAAGCAGAACAAAGGAAUGCGCCACAAUUAAGCUUACCUGGAAGACUUUAUCCCAGUGAACCAUUACCAGUGCUUGAACAUUCACCUUCUGCAAUAGCCUCUCACAUUCACUGCCGGCAGUAUAAUUGCUUUGACUAUUCUCGCUGUUCUAUAACUUCAGGGAUGCCUGUUUACAUGUAUGGGGAGGCCUUGGGAGAGUUGAGCUCUUUUCUUCAUACCUCAUUACAACGAACUUCAAGUUUUAAUCCACACUUCACCACUGACCCUAAAGUUGCCUGUCUAUUUUUUGUUCCAAUUGGACAUGAUGCUGAUUUGAGUAAGCUAUCGCUUCUGCCACAUUGGGGAGGAGAUGGACGUAAUCAUGUAUUAUUCCACCUUUCCCGCGAGAGGUUGCAGCCAUCUGCUGCUUUAGAAGUUUCAGAGCUUACAGGACGUGCCAUCAUUGUGCAAUCUACAUUCAUUCAAAAAUCUCUUCGACCUGGAUUUGAUGUGGUGAUUUUCCCUGCCUUGGGACCACCUGGAGGAGAUGUUUGGCAAGAUUGUGCUCCAAUGCUCCCUGCUAGACGAGAGUUUUUGAUUACUUUCCAGGGUGAAUUGUGGACUUCAAAUGGACCAGGGGAAGCAUUGGAAUGGGCUUUGAACCAGCUUAGGCAAAUGGCAGCAGGGACAACAUCUGAUCGUUUCCAGCUUGAAUUUUCAUGCCAACCAGCUACAGAAAGGGAGGACCUUUGGGCAGAUUGGUCAAUGUGUGGGACAGAGGCAUCUCGGCAAUCUGUUUUGAGACAGUCCACUUUUGCAUUACUGCUGGCCCCUGCAAAUGCAUCUCUUGUUACUACAGCCACUCUUCAAGCUAGGCUUUGGGAGGCUUUAAGAGAUGGAGCAAUCCCUGUGAUACUUGGUGGAGACAGUUUACACCUCCCCUACAGUGAAGUUAUAGUUUGGCGCCGGGCUGCUCUAAUUCUUCCUUUGUCACGAGCAUCUGAAUUACAUUUUCUGCUAAGAUCUGUGAGUGAUAGUGACUUAUUGGCUAUGCGACGGCAAGGACGACAUAUUUGGCAGACAUAUGGUGCUUCUCUGCAGAGCAUACUGGAUACCAGUUUGGCUGUAAUAAGAGACCGAAUUGGUAUCCCGCCACCACCAGUAGAUGAUGCUCCAUCACCCUCCGUGUUUAAUUCUACAUUUUCUCCGUUGAAGACUGAUGCACUUGUUGCUGAUUCAGAGGCAGAAGAAAGUCUUGGACCUUUGGAACCGCCACAUGCAUCGCCUGCUUAUCGCAGGAAUUACACUGUCUUUUUAACUCAGGGUUUUGAAAUGUGGAAUGAUUGGGGUGAUCCUUUCCACUUGUAUCCUCAGCUUCCUUUCGAUCCAUUAUUACCAUCUGAUGCUAAGUUUAUGGGAUCUGGUGUUGGUUUUCGACCAAUAGGAAAAGGUUCUGGAGGCGCGGGAAAAGAGUUUUGUGAGAGUUUGGGAGGAAACAGCCCUAGAGAGCAGUUUACCAUAGUGAUGCUGACAUAUGAACGUGAACAGGUUCUCAUGAACUCCUUAAGUCGUCUGCAUGGACUUCCAUACUUAAACAAGGUUGUUGUCGUCUGGAAUUCUCCUCGCGCUCCUUUAGAGGACCUGAGGUGGCCGGAAAUAGGUGUGCCUGUUCAUGUGGUUAAGGCACCAAGAAAUUCACUGAAUAAUCGUUUCUUGCCCUAUGACGAAAUUGAAACAGAGGCUGUCCUUUCUGUUGAUGAUGAUGCUCAUUUACGUCAUGAUGAAAUCAUGUUUGGAUUCAGGGUGUGGAGAGAGCACCGUGACCGGGUUGUAGGUUUCCCGGGCAGAUUCCAUGCCUGGGAUUUAAAUCAUGGUGGUUGGUUGUACAAUUCCAAUUACUCUUGUGAACUAUCUAUGGUGCUCACAGGGGCUGCCUUUGUUCACAAACAUUAUCUUUAUCUUUAUAGUAACUGGUUACCACAAGCUAUUAGAGAUAAAGUGGAUCAAUACAUGAACUGUGAAGAUUUAGCUAUGAAUUUCUUAGUCUCACAUAUCACCAAGAAACCUCCAGUAAAGGUAACAUCAAGAUGGACAUUUCGGUGCCCUGGCUGUCCUGUUUCCUUAUCAGAGGAUGAUACACAUUUUCAAGAGAGACAUAAGUGUAUCAACUUCUUCUCCCAGGUUUUUGGGUACACACCUUUGUUAAAUACGCAAUACAGAGCUGAUUCUAUUCUAUUCAAGACAAGGAUUCCUCAUGAUAAACAGAAGUGCUUUAAGUUUAUAUAGUUUUACCAAAAUAUUAGGUACAGUACAUACUAAGUUUUAAUUUUAAUCAUGGAUCCUAAAUGCCUUACCUGGUAGUACAUGUUGAGCUGGCUCAAGGAUAAAGUCAUUUUUCCAGUCAGGUUCUUUUACUGUUUUCUUUUUUUUAUUAUCUUUGAGUUGAUAUAAGCUGAUUACUUUCCUACCCUACUUACUGUACAAAACUAAUUGUACAUCCUAGUAAUUACUUAUUUCUCGAUGGUUAUACGUGAUUUUUACAAUUUAAUAUGUUAGAAAAUCUUUUUCUACUUAAAAUGGUUUUGUUGUAAAAACCUUGCCAUCUUUUAAUUUUAAUCUUAUUUAUUUGGAUGUUGUUUCAUGUUGCUGCUCAAUUUAAUCCACACAUUCUUGCCUACUGGAUUUUUAAAUUUUUUUUUCCAAAUGAACGUUGGAUAACAUACCUUCCUUGUACGCGCCAGCAUUCACUAGAAGCAAUAUAUGUGACUGAAACAUAGAUUCUAAGGAUUGUAGGUAAUUAGUUACACACUAUAUUUUCGUUGUGUAAGUAUUUCAGUGCCAUUAUACUGGAUCAUUCUCUCAGACUAGAUAGCUUUUUAAAAGAAAUGCAUAUAGGUAUGUUAGGACUGUAAUACAAAUUGCUUGAUAUUGCUUCUAAUGCUACCCGGUAAAGUGGGAAAAAAUCUUAAUCUGCACAUUUAACAUCAGAUUACUCCAUAGAAAUGUUCUUUUUGGCAGACCACGAAUUUAGUGCCAUUUUUAUAAAACCUUAGUAAUAUCUGUGAUAUUUUUCAUCAAAGCCUGAGCACUUAUUGCCAACUAAUCUGUUGUAUUAGAUUUUAGCUCAGUUCUUUGGGUUUUAAAAAGUACUUGAUUUUAAUUGAAAACAUUUUAAAUGUAUUUUUGACAACACUACAAAAGAAGAAAAUUGAGAGUGUAUUUUGAAGUAGAUGUUACUUAAAAUAUUUAUGUCCUAGGUUUAAGUAUGUACUUGAAACAUUUUUGACAAUGUGCUUAAUUUAUUUUAGUGACAAGGAGACAGCAGAUCUUCUGUUUUUCACAAUCUUAAUGUAAUUUAUUUGAAGUUAGUUAGUCAACACAUCUGUUGUAAGCACUAUUCCAUGACCAUAGUAUUGCUAGUGAUAAGUAAUAUGGCUAGUCAAACAUGUUAAAUAAGGGAGUGUUUAAAGCAGCUAAGUGUAAUGAAAUACAGCACUGAUCAGAUUUAAAGAA